AUGAGCGGGCGACUUCUUGCCUCACGAGCCACCGGCCCGCAACUUAGACCCCACAUUCGUCUUACCCAGUCCCUCCGACUUUCUUCACGACCUUACAGCCUUCUUGCUCCACGUACAAAUGCCGCCGGCCUUCUACGGAACCAAGCUUUCCCCCGAUUACGACAUGAAUCUCUCUCCGCACAACGUUUUCGUUCUAUCACACAAGUCACCGCCGUUCGGCCGAUAAGCUUCCAAAGGGUGUUACCAAGGCUGUUUCUUAAGUUUGUGCGCAUACCUGCGGCAUUUGGAGGCGCUACUAUUGCUGGACUUGCGUAUGUCAACUAUCAGGUACACCAGGCGGGGAACUGGACUCUUGGAAUACUCAACGAUGGCAAGGAAAUGGCGUCAGGUUUUUUCAACUCUGGGAAGGAAGCUUUUGGGGGUGUCGUGAGUUCGAUCGAAGGGUUAGAGAAGCCGGGUUGGUUUACAAAGAUGCAGGAAUCGGUGAACCAAGCAAUGUCUAAAUCGGGAGCUGGAGCCGCCGGCGGAGAAGGUGGAGGUGGAGGGAAGGGAGGGAAGGGGCCGGAGGACGAGGACCCGAAUACGAAGAAGCAUGCUGUAAAAACUGCAGCUGCUACCGCCGCCGUACUGGGAUACUCCGGUGGGGAGGAUGACAAACAAUCCGCGAGGGACGACCAGAUGAUGGUUCUCACUCGUAAAAUGAUCGAAAUCCGGACAAUUCUCCAGAGGGUUGGCCAAACUGGUGCUCUUACACUGCCAUCGAUUGUAGUCAUCGGCUCCCAGAGUUCCGGCAAGAGCUCAGUAUUGGAAGCGAUCGUAGGACAUGAAUUCUUACCGAAAGGAGCCAACAUGGUUACAAGACGGCCAAUUGAGUUAACACUGGUCAAUACACCUGAUUCCUCUGUGGAAUAUGGUGAAUUCCCAACGCUCAACUUGGGCAAAAUUACCGAUUUCUCCCAUAUCCAACGAACACUGACGGAUCUCAACUUGGCUGUUCCCGAGAAGGACUGCGUAUCUGAUGACCCUAUUCGACUUACUAUUUACUCCAAGAAUGUACCGGACCUUUCACUCAUAGAUCUCCCCGGAUACAUCCAACUCUCGGCCCUCGACCAGCCCGACGAACUCAAAGCUAAAAUCUUCCAACUGUGCGACAAAUAUAUCAAACCUCCAAAUGUCAUCCUCGCCGUUUCCGCCGCCGACGUCGAUCUCGCCAACUCUACUGCCCUUCGUGCAAGUCGAAGAGUAGACCCUCGCGGCGAACGGACAAUUGGUGUGAUUACGAAAAUGGAUCUUGUAGACCCUGACCGUGGUUCAAGCAUUCUUAAGGACAAGAACUACCCCCUCCGCCUAGGAUAUGUUGGUGUGGUCUGCAGAGUCCCACAUUCUGGUGGUCUCUUCAGUCGACAAGUCAAUGUUCUUAACGCCAUUACAAAGAACGAGAACGCCUUCUUUGGUCAACAUCCUCAGUUUGGUGGGGAGUCCGGUGUUACUGUUGGUACAUACUCUCUUCGUCGAAAACUAAUGGAAGUACUUGAAGCUACAAUGGCACAGUCUCUACAAGGCACAUCGGAUGCAAUCCACCAAGAAUUAGAAGAAGCUAGUUAUGAGUUCAAGGUUCAAUAUAACGACCGCCCCCUCACCGCAGAUACCUACCUUGCCGAGUCUCUCGACUCGUUCAAACACUCGUUCAAGGAAUUCACCGAGCUUUUUGGCCGUCCACAAGUUCGAAUGCUACUAAAACAAGAACUUGACCAAAGAGUUCUCGAUAUCUUGGCACAGCGUUACUGGAACAAGCCAAUCUCGGAUCUUAAGAAGGCCCGUUCGGAUGAGCAUCCCCUAUCGGAGCUAGCUAAAGUAGAACCGGAUGAGUUGUACUGGCACCGGAAACUGGAUGGUUCUUCCAGUGCACUCACGAAGCUGGGAAUUGGAAGGUUAGCGACAAAUGUGGUUGCAAACUCGUUGUCUACGCAAAUGGAUCAGUUGAUCGAAAGCUCUACGUUCCGAAAUCAUCCAUUUGCGAAGAAAGCGAUUCAAGAUUCAACGAACCAAAUCUUGAAUGAGCGGUUCUAUGCUACUUCGGAUCAAGUUGAAAAUUGCAUCAAGCCAUAUAAGUUUGAGAUCGAAGUCGAUGAUAGAGAAUGGUCAAAUAGUCGUGAAAACGCCCAAAGGCUAUUGAAAGACGAAUUGAAGGCAUGCGAGGAUUCGUAUAAACGAUUGAGGGAUCAAAUUGGGGGGAAGAAAUUGAGUAGUGCUAUGGCCUUUGUGGACAAGAUCAGGAGUGGGAAGGCUCCAGAGAUGCAGGAGGGGACAGAGGCGCUAGGUUUUAGCCAAGCAAUGUUAGAGAAGGGACGCGAGGGUACUUUCUUGCGGGACCGAGCCGACAUCAUCAAAAUGAGGAUGUUAGCAGUCAAGAGCAAAGGCUGUGCUACCAAGGACAAUAAAUACUCUUGUCCAGAAGUGUUUAUGGACGUGGUAGCCGAGAAGUUGACAUCUACAGCCGUCCUCUUCUUAAAUGUCGAGCUCCUAUCAGAGUUUUAUUAUAACUUCCCUCGAGAACUCGACCACCGGCUAGGCCGCCACCUCUCACAGGCUCAAAUUGAGGCCUUCGCCAGAGAAGACCCCAAGAUCAGGAAGCACGUCGACCUCCAGCAAAGGAAGCAGCUGCUUGAGCUCGCCCUACAGAAGAUGGAAAGUUUGAUGGCUUUAGAAAAGAGUAAAAAGGCCCAAACGGAUCCAGAAAGCAACGGAAGAGUCCAGGGAAGAUGGGGUGGACUCUUUUAA